UGUGCAGAUUACUGGUGGCCUCUGCCCUCUGACCUUUGCCCCAUCUGGAUCUACCUGGACGUCCUGUUCUCCACGGCGUCCAUCAUGCACCUGUGCGCUAUCUCCCUGGAUCGAUACAUCGCCAUCCGGAACCCGAUCCACCACAGCCGCUUCAACUCCCACACCAAGGCCCGCAUCAAGAUCAUGGCGGUCUGGACCAUUUCAGUAGGGAUCUCCAUGCCAAUUCCGGUGUUGGGACUUCGAGAUCACUCCAAGGUUUUCAAAGACGGCAGCUGCCUGUUGACGGACAACAAUUUCGUGCUAGUUGGCUCCUUCGUGGCCUUCUUCAUCCCCCUCAUCAUCAUGGUCGUCACCUACUUCCUGACCAUCAACGCCCUGCAGAACGAAGCCACCCUCUGUUUGGACCAGCUGGUUCCGAGGCCCAAAUGGAGCACCACUUUCACUUUGAGCUUUUUGCCGCAAACCUCGCUGUCAUCUGAGAAACUCUUCAGACGCUCGAUAAGUCGCGAGGCCGGCGGCAGAGGGAGCGGCGGCGGUUUGACCGGCGCCCGAGGGAGCGUUUCUGGCUCGAUUUUUGGCCGUCGCACAAUGCAGUCGAUCAGUAAUGAGCAGAAAGCGUCCAAGGUCCUCGGGGUGGUGUUUUUCCUCUUCGUGGUCAUGUGGUGCCCGUUCUUCAUCACCAACGUCUUGGUGGUGGUUUGUGACUCUGCCGUGUGCGACCCGGCGCUCAUGGGAGGCCUGCUGAAUGUAUUUGUCUGGGUGGGAUACCUGUCGUCUGCGGUUAACCCGCUGGUCUACACGUUGUUCAAUAAAACGUAUCGGGCGGCGUUCCUGCGCUACGUCCGCUGUCAGUACCAGCCAGAGAAGAAGCCUCUUCAGCUGAUACUGGUGAACACCAUCCCCCCUCUGGCGUACAGCUCCACACAGCUGCCCGUUGGCAACGUUGGGAAGCUACGUAACGGACACGCUAGUGGUGAAGCAAAGGAUUUCUAUUUACUGGAAGAAACUGAGAAAAAAAACUGUGAAGACAAAGACGAGAGCUGUGUCUGAGCUCUGAAGAACUUUUGGGCUCAUGUUAUCGUUCUUUUCAUCUUUGGGAGUUCUGGACUUGUGGUGCCAAAGACAAAGUGCCUCCUGGUGGUUCUAGGGUCCAUUUCUAAAAGGUUGUUUGCAUCAUCAUUAAACUGCUGAUCUGUACUUCAAUAGCACAGGCUCUGGGGCUCUGGAUUGAUUCAGGAGCUUAUGGUUACAACAAAAUGCCUUGAAAAAAACCCCUUUCUCAAUAAAAGGUUAAUCAGUGCUUGUUCAGAGGAUUAUGAGCCUCCUUCAGAGGCCUGUCCACACUGCCACAGAGCACCAAUCAGGUAGAAAACAUACUUUCAUCUUGAUUAACGUCACUUUUAAAACUAUCAAGACCAUCAGCUGGGUUUAGUCUGAGAGUCUCUAAUGUGGCGCUGCCCCUUUUCAUUACCCCCCUUGAGGAAUCUGGGGAUUUGGUUUCACUUUUAUCCACAGUGUGUAAUUUUCCACGGAUGCUCAGCUGCAGUGACCUCAGCCGCCCCCUCGGUUUGGCCAGCUCCUGGAUACGAAUCAGCUGGGUUUUACCUCUAAUCACACCUUUGAGGUGGAUCAGCAGGGAUUAGACUGGAUUUCCUGCCACCUUAUCAGAUGUUAGUGUCUGGGAGAGGGAGCUCCAGGACGGACCUGCACACCUGGACUCCAGACAACUGCAAGAAAUCAGAUAAUGCUGCCAAAAAAAAAGAGAGAAGACUCUGCUGGUCUUCAUUUUAUUUCUGUUGGAAAUAACAGGAAGUGAAUAUGGUCGAUGACAUAAUGAUGCUACAGAGAGAAACUAUACAUAAAUCUAUAUUUGUAUUUUGUGCAGUAAUGUGAAUACAUGUAUAUGAUUGUUAAAUUUUAUUAUUUCCGAUAGAGAAUUAUUGUUACAGACAUGAUGAAAUAUUGAAGUUCUAAGGAGUUUAAUAAACAGGAUGUGGGGGUGUUUUACGUGCAGUUCUAUCCAUUGUGAAGUCACAUUUUAUAGUGUUUUGGCCGAACUACCACCGCACAGUAACUCCUGUUUUCAAGAAGAGACUUAAAAGACAAAGUUUUACACGACUCUUUAUAAAGUGAAAUAAAAUUGCUGUUUAGUUGGUUGUCAUAUGUUUAAAUAUUGCUUUUUAAUGCUGAAAUGUGGAUUCACAGCAAAAGACAGAAACUGCAUUAAGGUGGGUUUGUACAAGGUGUGUUGAGACCAAAAGCAGAGGAAAAAGGGUCCUAGCAGAGCAGCCAAUAAGAGAACAGUGUGUGAACAAAACACUGAGCAAAUGCCAAGAGAAGGUAGACCAACACUGUAUGAAAACCCCCCUGGUCACAGACGUACGGUAUCAGUACUGAGGCUGUUUGUGGUGAAUGUGCACAGGUUUAUGUGAAAACCCACCCACAUUAAGGUUGAACACAUUUAAAAUACAACAAUGUGUGAUUUCCAAGGAGACCCAUGAAUUUAUGACUUAUUGUUGUCUUCCUGGAUCAUGUUUUUGCCUCAUCAGUGCAGUUUUAAGAGUCUGAACAUCUGAGUUUAACAUGGGACGUGCUCUUACAGUGUUUUUUUUAGUCUAUUAAAGGUAAAGUAUGUAACAUUUUCCUAAAUAAAACAUAAACUAAAGCGUUGACCCAUGAGG